UCAUUUCAUCUCCAGCAUAAAAUACACUGUCAAAACAAAAUAAUCUUCCUCUUCCGUUUUAUUGCCGCUGCCACUACUCAUUCCGCCGACAGUUCUGUGUGUCUUCCGCAGCCGCCGCCUCCGCCGCUUCUAGUGCUGUGUGUGUCCUUCCCGCCUCCUCCGCCGCUUCUAGUGCUGUGUGUGUCCUUCCCGCCUCCUCACUCCUACUCCCAUAGUUUUCUGUCUUCUUUAGUGACCAUGCCACCCAAGCUGAAAAGGUGUCAGAGAUCAACAAUGGCUCGGCCGGUGAGUUUCUCUGCUUUUUCGCGUUCAAUUGCUAAUAUUGCCACAAAUUACAUGAUCAAGCGUCAAAAGCUGUGCAAUGAACUAAUGAAAUCUCAUCCUACUGAACCAGGGGAUGGAGUUAUGAAGCACUCUUUGGAAGAAGAGAGUGAACUGUCCGAGUCAACUGGAGAAGAAGAGAGUGUACUGUCCGAGUCAUCCGGGGAAGAAGAGUUUGAAGGAGUCAUCCAAGCGGAUUUUGAGUUCUUUGAUCCUAAACCCGAUGACUUUCAUGGAGCAAAGGUCCUGCUACAAACUUACCUUGAUAACAAGGAGUGGGAUUUGACAGGUUUUGUUGAUUUGAUACUGGAGCAGACCACCGUGGGCACUGUUGUCAAAGUAGAUGGUGACGAAGAUGGACUGUUCUCUCUUACUACUGCCCUUAACCUGGGGAGAUAUAAGGAUCAUAAAUGCAUUAUGGAGAUAAAGGAAUUCCUUAACAACGCAUGUCAAGACAAAAGUGUUAUGGAUGAUUUGAAAUUACUUUUGGGAGAGCAAGCACAGUAUGUAGGUCUCUUGGUUUCUCAGCGUGUUGUCAAUCUUCCUCCCCAACUUUUGCCACCUCUUUAUGAUGCCCUGUUUGAUGAAAUUUUGUGGGCUACAGAAGAUGAGCCAACAGAGGAUCUCAGGAAGUCUUUUUGCUUCAAGUCAUAUUUGCUAGUUACUAAAAUUUAUAAGCACCAGAAUCUAGAUCAGAAGAAGAGACGAAGCAAAGACGAGGAAGCAAUACUGUAUAUUAAGCCUGAAGAUGAAAUCUUUUACAAGCUCUCUUCAUGGUCCUUCUGUUUUCCCUUGCACGCCGAGCAUUUGACAACUCAUGAGCUAAAAGAUUACCGAAUAAUGGGGUUAGUCAUGGCUGUAGACGCAAAUAAAAUUUCUAAAUUUCGAGAGGAACUGCAUUCUUUGAUUGAUGAAUCAUGAAAGUCAUAUACUCAUGUCGAAGGUGCAUCAUAUUCCAAGUUAGAACACAAUUUUGUUUAUUUGCACUGUGCUGCGGAAGUUUUGUGUUUUUUUCCUUCUGGUGCAAAUGAGAAGAAACCCGUGGAUUUUUAAUCACCCUUUGACCCGUAUAAUACAAGGAUAUGAAAGCUAAAACUUGUUACAAUAGUUGAAAACUAAAAGAUGUUAGUAAUAAUUUUUGUUUUCUAUACUGUAGGAAUUCUGUAUUCUGUGUGAACUUUUUUCAUUUAUACAGCUUCUUCCACAUA